AUGUCUCAAAAAACACCGAACCCCCUGGCUCACCCUACGUUUUUCAAGUCUCCUGUCAACAGUCUUCUUAACACCCUCGCCAACGAUACGUCCGAGCAAACGUCUGUCCACAGCCUGUUGGACGCGUACAGCACGCUCUCCUGUCGCAUCAAGGCCGUUGCAAGUUCACUCGCUUCCAACUGCGAAGAAUAUCCAUCCUUACAGGUCCUGAGGAAAAACGCUGUACCUCUAGGAAGCUGCAUACAACGCGACAUCCGACGGGCAUCUGCGGAUCCCCUGUCCUCUAAUUCACAUGUGGCUAGUCUGGGGUCUAUAUCAACCCCACCGAUUCAGACCACGAACAUCCCCCCGGAGAUCGUCAACACAGCUAGGGAGACAGCGAUGCUAUGCCGAUACGCGCUUCAGCUUGUCUCCAACAUUUUUUGCUUGCCCGCGUUGUUCAUUCUCUUUCCCCAGAGCGUACUGCAGCAGCUCCUAAACGACGUCCUGGUGAUAGCGCGAUCGUCUGAGCUGGUGAGCUUUGACAGCGACAAGAUCCGCUCCCUUGCCGCGUGGAUAUUCUCCACCUUACGAUUGCCCCCUUCUGUCAUGGCCGCGAAUGCAGACCAGGUCCAAGCGUGGCUAAACGACCUACCAUCGGCUCUUGUUAUUCAGCCGCGGGCUUAUGACAUUAUACACAACCUGUUGUCAAGAUUCCCCGACACGUUCUUUCAGCGGUCUGCUGGCCUUCUUCCCGAAAUACUCCCCAGGAUGGUCUCGUCUGACGCAUCUUCGCGCAUGAACGCCACGAUUGCCUUGGCUGGCUACGCUCUGGCCCGCCUCUCUAUCAGAUCUGCGAUGACGGCCCCUGACACGCUUGUGGCUGUGCACGACUUCAUACGGUCCCAGCUGCCCAGCAACCGCCCAGCAAAGAUCAACCAGACGUCGAAACUAUUACCGGACUACUUUGCUCUUGCAGCGAAGGGUCAUUCUACGUCUACCGACGGACUUGGACCGCGCUGGGCGAUCACCGCCAUCUGUUGCCUUACACUUCUCUCUGGUCCGGGAAUCUUCAUCGGGACACGGCCGAUGAAGCUAGUCUUGGACACCGUUGCGGGUGUUGCCAGGAGGGGAACAACGAUGGCCAGCCUCGUCGCAUGUGCGUGGCGAUGCAUGAUAUGGGCGUUUCUACAGAUCCCAAGCGAGGAGCCAGCGGACAGACGUCCCAGUCUACAGGAAGGUGCUUUCGAUGUCGUUAAGCAGGACCCUCGGGGAGGUGCAGGGGCUUGUCUGGUCGCAGGCCUGCUGUAUCUCACACCCGGACACGGAACGCCCACUUCCCACGCUGUUUCGGACCGCAACCUUCGCUGGGCACUGGUCGUAUUGAAGGACCUCAUCUCACAUCACUCCCAGGCUGUCUACGACGAUGGUCUCGCAUUGCUUGGCCGACUGACUAGCGGCAUCGGCGUUUCGGCCGAACUGUCGACAGCUUCGACGGACGAGGAAGGUUGGCAUCCGAACGAUAUCGUACCGAAGGCUUUCUUGUCGCGGCACAUCCUCAAAUGCGACGCGAAGUCGUUUGACGCCGCUUUGGAACCUGCUCAGCGAUUCGACGCGUCGGUGGUGCACUCUCUCACCGAAGCAGAGAUUGUCGACCACUGGGACUCCCUUGCAGAGAUAUGGACGUUGGCGGUGGAGAGAGAGUUGGGUGCGCAAGGAGCGACGCUCUCUCUUCCGGAUCUUCUCGCCCAAGCUUGGCAGGCGCUCUUGUUAGCACAGACACAGCUCACCCAAGAGCACGGCCAUCUCACGGCCGAUGCUGAAUUCACGUUCAAAGCAGUAUCCGCCCUCGCGCACUUCCUCGAAUGGAGAGGUUCUCCAGCCGCCGAGACAACUAACGUCCGCGACGUCCACACCCAGUGCCGCAUCCUCUGUCUGUGCAGUCAGCUGUUCAAGAUCCUGAGCCACGUUUUCUCCGACGCGUGGCUCUCAACGGCAGCUGGAACGCUUCUCACGUCCGUCCUGCAGCAUCCAUUCAAUCUCUCCGACGACGACGUCAAGACUUCAUGGGCCGAACUCUGCUCCGCAUUGGUCUCCGUUAGUGCACCGGUGCUUAUGGCGCGUCUAGCUGUGGAAGAUGAGGAGCAUGCAAUCAUGGAUCUUAAUCGGGAGCUAUGGCGCCUCGCUGCCAGACGGUGGAACUCGAUGACACUCACCGCUACCUGGGACGACUCCCUUGACUUCCUUGCUAUCCCGUUCAAGUUCUGGUUGAUGGAUGAGGAAGAGAUAUUGCUUUGGACUAGUAUUGUCGACGUCAUACUCUCCAACGCGGCACCGGAUGCUGAAGGAACAUUGUUCAUGGAUGAACUCAUACAACGGAUCCCCGAAGACGCUGCUGUUUCAAAAAUGCUUGAAGUGCCCGCCAUCGUUAUGCAUCUGCUCCCACACCUGCAGCUCACCCGUCGCCUCGAGCGCCCUUCUCGGUUCCUGCAAAUCAUCGAUGUCCUCCUCUCCGACCUCUACUCCGACACCCCUGAGCACAUAUCGACGGCUCUGAAACUGUUGAAACAGCUACGACCUGUCCUGUAUAGAAUUCGUCCAGACGUCAUCGUGGAUGUCUUAUCCAUGCUCUCGAACAGCUUAGCCCUGUGGAUUGCUGACAAGGCCGAGCUUUUGCUCGUAGAGGAGUACAACGAUGCGAUUAUUCCGAUAUACUGCGACGUCCUGCUUGUGUUGCACGACACCUCAAUCACCCCCAAGAUCCUGGACGCGCUCGCGCACUUCCUCUACUCCGCAUUCGUGCGUAUGCCUCACCCCUGCCAUGGGCCAAUCGCCUUCUACGAGUUCUGGAAGCACAUCCAUCCCUCACUCAAGCAUAUGCACGUCUCCUACCCCGACGAGAUCAAGACUGCAUUGAACGCUUGUCGAGAUGCCUUUGGAGCUCCAUCGUCCCAAGAUCACUCGUUUGACACCGAGUCGCAUUCGGGCUCGCAGGCAGAGUGGGUGUCCCCGGUCAAGUCGGAAUCCUUCACGCCGAAGUCGGUCCGCGCCGGGGUGCAUGACUUCGAGAAAACGCCUACUACGGGGAAGCCUUCACCCUCUCUCAGCCCGGAAGUACCCUAUGAGGGUCCCGCCUCAUCGCGCCGGCUGCGCUCGUCGGCGCGCUCUUCGCGGACGUCUCCCAGGACGCGGCACGACAAGGAUGCGGCGAGCUCCGACUUCAUGCCGAGCUCGCCCUCGGAUGCGGCACGUGCGAGGCGGAUGGCGGCGCGCCCCACCAGCCGUGUCGCCCACGAGAAAACCGCCAGGUCGGCGGAGAGACCGCUCAAGCGUCAGAGAGUGGAUGUGUCGUCGCGUACCCCUCAGACGAUCUCUCCGUUGAGCUACGCAAAUCGAUCGGGUUCGUCACGGCUCUCUCCGGGAUCUAAAGGCAAGGGCGCGAGUGCCGUACUGCGUACGCGCGGCGACUACGGUAUUCCCAGCGCUGCGUCGACGUCCGCAAGGUCGAAAGGCAAACGCGUCGCAUCCCGGCGUAGCCCAUCGCCUCCCCCGAGGGCAGCUGAUGUCGAAACACCCUCAUCCGACGACUACGACGCCUGGGAGGCACCCAUGGGUGACGUCCAAGAGCUAUCAGACGAGAUUCCAGACAGCCAGCCGUCAAAUGAGGGCGAGGAGGACUCGUUGCCGAGCUUUAUGAAGGCAGGCGCGCGUGAUGCAGAAGACUGCGCUGAGCAUGUCCACAGCGACGACACGAUGAUGUUCGACGACGCCAUCCUCGACAUCAACGACCUGCCUACGCCCCGCACGCUCGGAAAACGCGCGCGCCCCGCGUCGCCCGUACGCAUGCACACCGCGCCCGCCGACCUAUACCCUCCGCAUUCCCCAAGCCCAAGCCCGAUCCCCCGCCCGACGCUGCCCCGCGCACAGACGGCGUCGGCGCACCUCGAGGGGCUGCGGGACGUGGUCGACGCGCUGAGCGAGGACAGCUCGCAGCUGGACGUGGGCGAGAUCGCGGAGGCGGCGGAGCUGACGAACAGGCUCGGGGCGCUGUUGACGGAGAAGCUGACGAGGAAGCUGAGGAGCGAUAGGGGGGAGGGGUCGAGUGAGCGGGGGGCGAGCGAACGGCUGUGA